AUGGCGGAGGAACCAUCUGCCAAUCGUCCCCGUGGUGAGACGUCCGACCAGAGCAUGAAGGUCGACGACGUUCAGGUCCCCGGUCAGAAGCACGACUACAAAGUGCACCUCAAGGAGGUUGACAUCCACGACAAGGAAAAGCUGGCUGUCGUAUGCACGAGCAAUCCUGAGGAAGCCGACAAGAUGAUCAGCAGGAUCCUGAAGAGGCUCUGCGGCUUGUACCCUCACUACAUCGGCGUUGAUGUCGAGUAUACCAGGGAGGACCAACCUCUGCAGAGGGCAGCGGUUCUACAGUUAUGCGUGGAGGAACUUUGUUUGGUAUAUCACAUCACCGCGGCAACAAAAUGGCCCAAGAGCCCACGCCCGUUCCUGAAGGAGGACAGGUUCUACACCUUUGCCGGCUUCAGUAUUGAAGGUGACAAAGAGAUGCUGUGA